AGACAGACGACCCUGAAGCACUGCGCAUCUCGGACCACGACGCCAUCCCCGAGUUUCCCGGGUCACGCUGGACCCUCACGCAGUCGCUGCAGGAGCCGACACGCAGCCUCUGGCUCUCGCACUGCACAGCCGUCUCAUGGGCCCUCUACCGCACUUGGACACCCGACUCCCGGCCGCGAUCCCGUCCAAGGCCUACACUUGCUUCGCUGCGGGCCCUCCCUGACGGCACCUCAUUCCCUUGAGUGCUGCAUAUAUAUAUAUAUAUAUAUACGUAUAUAUACACGUAUAUAUAUAAUCACAAUGAUCCCGCGACGACAGGAGGAGGUCGAGCCCACGCCCACGACGCCCCUCAGCCCGCGCAGCAGCUCGGCGUCCAGCGACAGCCGCUUCGUCUACGACGAUGAUUUCUUGGACAGCCCCGUGCGCUCGCCGGCGAGCGUCGUCAGCGUGUGGGACGAGGAGAAGAAGCCGCACAGCAAGACGCGGCACGCAGUCGGAAUCGCGCUGUUGUUGGCGACUGUGUUUCUCUGGACAGCGUCCAACUUCCUAGCUAGCACCAUAUUCGCCGACUCGUCCUACGACAAGCCCUAUCUCGUGACCUACGUCAAUACCUCCUUCUUCCUCAUCCCGCUCAUCCCAAUGCUGCUGCACCACCUCUGGGCCGACCGCGCCAACCGCGCCACCAGCACCCACCGCGAGCCCCUGGCCGCCCAACUGCGCAGCCUGCUCAACCGCCGCGCCGGCAAGUGGACCCUCCUGCGCGACCACGAAUCGGCCUCGGCCUCGCGCUCGCCCAGCAAGUCCGGCGAUGCCGAGGGCGCCGAACUGCUGCUCGGCUCCAGCACCAACGGCAGCGUCCACGACCCGCGCGAAGUGACGCCCGACGAGGGCCUGACGCUGCACGAGACGGCCAAGCUCGCCCUCGAGUUCUGCAUCCUCUGGUUCCUCGCAAACUACUUCGCCGCCGCCUGCCUGUCCUACACCACCGUCGCCUCCAGCACCAUUCUCGCCUCGACGUCCUCGAUCUGGACGCUGCUCUGCGGCUCGCUCCUGCGCGUCGAGCGCUUCACCCUCGGCAAGCUCAUCGGCGUCGGCGCCUCGCUCGCCGGCGUGGCCCUCAUCUCCACCAUCGACGUCUCGGGCGCCACAGACUCGAACCGGGGCUCCUUCCCGCACAAGACGCCGCGCGAGCUGGCCCUGGGCGACGUCAUGGCCUUUGUGUCGGCCGUGCUGUACGGCUUCUACGCCGUGCUGAUGAAGAAGCGCAUCGGCAGCGAAUCGCGGGUAAACAUGCCGCUAUUCUUCGGCUUAGUGGGCUUAUCCAACGUGGUGUUGCUGUGGCCGGGCCUCGUGAUCCUGCACCUGACGCGCAUCGAACCCUUUCAGCUGCCGCCCACGCGCUCCAUCCUGGCCAUUGUCCUCGUCAACAGCGCGUCCAGCCUCGUCAGCGACUUCUGCUGGGCCUACGCCAUGCUGCUCACCAGCCCGCUGGUCGUUAGCGUCGGUCUUAGUUUGACUAUCCCGCUUAGUCUUGUAGGGCAGAUGGUGCUUGAUGGUCAGUAUGCGAGCUGGCUGUACUGGGUUGGUGCGGCCAUCAUGGUCGUUAGUUUUCUGUUCAUCAAUGCCGAGGAGAAGAGGGACGGCGAGGGUGCGCUGGAGCAUGCUGAGCCCCUUGGUGGCCCGCGCGGCAUGCAGAGUCUGAGGGAUAGCUCUCACAGCCGCCGCCGCAGCUCGGGGGCGAGUGUGCAGGGCUGACGAGGAGAGGGUGUUGGCUGUUGAGCGGUGGGUUGGAUACCGUGCUUGCAUUACCGGCGUUCUAGAGUCUUUUCCUGCAAUGGGAUAUCAUUUCUUCUCCUGCAAUGGGGAUGUCAUUUCUUCUCCUGCAAUGGGGGUAUCAUUUCUUCUCCUGCAAUGGGAUAUCAUUUCUUCUCCUGCAAUGGGAUAUCAUUUCUUCACCUGCAAUGGGGAUGUCAUUUCUUCACCUGCAACGGGAUGUCAUUUCUUCACGUGUUCUGGGUAUCAUGUCGUGGCUCUGUCUUUCUUCACUCGCUCCGUCCCGCACCGCCGCCGUUCAUAUCCCUGCUAUACCGCCCCCCUCCCCUGCCCUUGUACUUCCCCCUCCCGC